CCACUACCCAGGCUUGCAGAAUUGCCCUGUCCCUGACUGCUUGCGCAAGGAUAGCAAUGGCUUCCUUCGCCGUGACCACCUGGUCGAGCACCUGCGCGAGUACCACCACAUGGACGUUCCCAAGCGUCGUGUCGCAAAGUCCGCCGUACGCUUUAGCGACGCCUCAAGCACCACAUCCUCCAGUCCCGGGUAUAACGAGCACGCUCAAUACGAGUCCUCUAUUUUCUCACCCGGUCGCAUAUCUAAAGAUGCGGAAGGUACUUCACAAAGUGCUAAAUCCGGUCCCUCUGCAAUGCCAAUAGGGUCUACUCGCUCACCUUGGCGGCCCUUCGAGGCAAGCCCGUCCGCAAUGCCUGGGCUCAACUCAGUGGACUCUGGAUACGGAUCAGCUAGUUUUCGUCCACCUAGUCACUUUACAAAAUCCGUGAAUCGGAAUCCCGAUCCUUUCUCGAUGAGCCCUUGGCGGCCCUUCGAGGCAAGCCCGUCCGCAAUGCAUGGGUUCAACUCAGUGGACUCUGGAUACGGAUCAGCUAGUUUUCGUCCGCAUUUGGGCGCAUCAUCUCCAGUAUCCCUCUCUAAGCUUUGGGGAAACACUCGCCUGGAAGAUCUUCAUAUCCCAGAGCGUAUGAAAUAUAGAUAUGCUUGCCUGCUCGCCAGGCUCAUUGCAGAAUCUGUUGCUUACUAUAGGCCCACGCAUUACGUUAUAGAUCAAAUUUGUGAGGCACUUCAGGAUCUUCUCGAGCAAUUCGCAUUGAGUAUUGGUGGAAAGAAUUACAGCGUGAUGGUGGUUCUUCUCAAAUACAAGAUGUAAGCCUUUUGCACGAAAAUAUGUGUUAACUAAUCUAGUUAACCAA